AUGAGCCCAUCAGGCGAAGACUCCGAGAGGAUCCCGAAAAGGAGGAGCUCAAGAUUCAAAGAACCCGACUCGCUACCCACAAGUCCAGAUCACCAGCCGGUAAGUCAAACCGGCUACAAAAAGUGUGUGCCACUACCUCUGGACGCGUUUCCGAAACGCCCAACAUAUAAGAAGCCCGAACUACUCCCGGGCAAGUCGGUUCCUGCCCCUCGCCAGAACGACUUGUCCGUACCCUAUGUGCCCCCGCAGGCAAAGCCUGCUAUUCGGCUAUCAGGUCGACGAAAAAAGGCGAAAAAGGCAGAAGCCCCCCCAGAACCCAAGGUCUUCGUCGCCGGAAGCACGUUCAGGUUACCGGCGAGCCUCCCCGGCAUGGGCCUCGACGACUCGCACGAAGGUCCCUAUGAAGCCACGUCACCGGGCACCCUGAGCCUGGCGAGCGAUGACGAUGACGACAACGACGAAGAAGAUCAGGAGGAGGACAGCCAUGUCAGGCCCACCAACGCAACCUCGGCCAAGUGCCCCAUGUGUGAUUUGGCCGUCGACGAGGAACUGCUGCGCGCCUUCUCCAAAGGCCGGCCGCUCAGCAUCAACCAGCAGAUCAAGUUCUGCCGCCUCCACAACGCCAAGACGGCCAGGGCCACCUGGCUCGAAAAGGGCUACCCAGACAUCGACUGGGAGGCGCUGCCGUUGCGGUUCGCCGCGCACGACGGGGCUCUCCAGCGCAUCGUCCACGGCGACGCCUCGCACUACAGGUCGGUCCUCGCCGACAAGGUCUCCGACGGCCGCGAGCGCACGCUGCGCACGACGGAGCGCAGCCUGGCGCCGGGCUACUACGGCCCGCGUGGCCUGCGCGUCAUGUCGGAGCACCUCAUCAGCCGGUUCGCGUCGGCGCUGCGUCGCCGCGCCGUCGAGGACGAGCUCGUCGCCGCGCGCGGCAGCGCCGUCUUCGUGUCCACCGUGCUCGUGCCCGAGCUCGCGUCGCGGCUCAUCAUGGAGGACCUGGCCGUCGGGGCCGACGAGGCGCGGGCCGUGCUCGAGGAGAGCGUACUGAUCGGCGACCUGCUGCACGAGGAGAUUGGGGAUGUCGUGGUCGACAUGGGCGAAGCAGACGACGACAGCGAUGACAAUGUCUUUACGUGA